UCCGGGUGUGUAUCGACGCAAACAUGGCCGCCGAGGGAGACGUGGAUUUGGACCUGGAAGCUGAAGAGAAUUGCACUGGGAAGCCAACAGAAAAACCACGUAAACAUGACAGUGGGGCUGCCGAUUUAGAAAAGGUUACUGAUUAUGCAGAGGAGAAAGAAAUAUCAAGUUCUGACUUGGAAACGGCUAUGUCUGUGAUUGGCGACAGGAGAUCCAGAGAACAGAAGGCAAAACAGGAAAGAGAAAAAGAAUUGGCCAAAGUUACAAUUAAAAAAGAGGAUGUUGAGCUCAUUAUGGGAGAGAUGGAGAUUCCAAGAGGUGUGGCAGAGAGAAGUUUGAGAGAGCACAUGGGCAGUGUUGUGGAUGCACUGAUUGCACUGACCAACUGAACAAUCAUUACAACUUUGACUAGUAGCAUGGACAUCUUGGACUGCCUUUUUCUGCAGUAAUGCCAUUCCACACUUUAAUGGAUUUAUCAUCUGUAAUAAAAUGGAAAUUGCCUAUUCACCAGUGCACUUCAGUCAUCUCCACUCUCAACUUUUGUAAAGACUCGCUGAAACUUUACUUUUUAAUAGACUUUUUUUUGUAUAAAUUAAGUUUGAUAAAUCACAACAGGAAUGUCUUGGACUUCAUUUCUACCCAUCGUAGUAAUUUAUUAGCAAUAACUAAGAUUUUUUACAAGGUCUAAGCAGAAAGAUUCUGUAGGAAUCCCUCAUCAGAUGUACAAAGUUAAAAUGCAAUAAACCAAGAUUCAUUCACUCUAA